ACAUGUGUUACAGUUUUGUAACGCUAGGUUGGAUUUUGGAGGUUGAGCUUCAUUUUCUGCUGUGAAGUUCACAUCGAAAACAUCAUCAUGCUUAUUCUAGGAUCAAGAGCAAGAUUUUGCACUUUGGCAUUCACUGCCACACGAAUGUUUGCGACUGGUCCUCAACCAAAUCCAGUCGUUUAUUUUGAUAUCGCUGCAGAUAACCAACCUCUUGGCAGAGUAACCUUCGAGCUGCGCGCUGACGUGGUUCCAAAAACAGCAGAAAACUUCCGUGCACUGUGCACAGGGGAACAGGGAUAUGGUUACAAAGGAUCAAUCUUCCACAGAGUCAUCCCACAGUUUAUGUGCCAGGGAGGAGACUUCACAAAUCACAAUGGAACCGGUGGCAAGUCCAUAUACGGACGGACAUUCCCAGAUGAGAACUUCAAGCUGAGGCACACUGGUGCUGGGAUCUUGUCCAUGGCUAACGCAGGGCCUCACACAAACGGCUCUCAAUUCUUCAUCUGCACAGCCAAGACAGAGUGGCUGGAUGGCAGGCAUGUUGUGUUUGGCAGUGUGAAGGAGGGCAUCGAGGUGGUGCAGAAGGUGGAGGCCCUCGGCUCUCGCUCCGGGCGCACCGCCAAACGCAUCACCAUCACCGACUGCGGAGAGCUGAAAGACUAGACAGACCCUCCGUCAGCCGCCACGACGACAGACGGGCACCUUCGGAACACCGCAAACCCCCCUACCCAAGCUUCCACCACCUCCUUAAACAAACCUCUUUCUCCUUACCCCCCCAACCGCCUCCUGUCCGAGUCUGUUUUGGCGCAUCACCAUCGCUGACUGUGGUGAGCUCAAGUGUACUAGACAGACCCCAGUCAGCCACAACGGCGGCACCUAUUCGACCACCGCCCGCUGCCGCCCCUCAAACUUCUCCAAUAACCACCUACUACCCACCCUUCCAUCCACCACCUCCUCAAACGCCUUUCUCCUCUCCCCAACCUCCUCCCCAAACACCUCCUCUUGGUCUGUUUUGGUGUCUACUACCUCCAUAAUAUCUUCUCCUCCUCCUCCCCACUUCUCUUAUUCUUUUAAGGACUUUGAAUGUCCUUACUCCCCACCUCGAUCCUGCUAACACCUUAUGUGAAGGUCUAUUUUGGUAUCUUCUUGUUUCCAAGACCUUCUCCUCACGCUGACCACCUCUCUCCUCCGAGGCUCCUCCUCCGACUUUCCGUUAAGUCCUUUAAGAAUUGCUCUCCUCCGAUACUCCUCUUCCCGACCUCCUAACACCUCUUGUCAAGGUCUGUUUAGGUGUCCACCACCUCCACAAGACCUCAUUUUCUCCCCACUAACCACCACCUACCUCUCUCCUCCUUUUCCUCACCUUCUCUGAAUGUCCUUGUCGACCUCCUCCAAAAACCAUCUCCUCUCACCUCGUUCCCGUUCUUCCCGACCUCCCACAAACACCUCCUGUUUUUUGGCACCCAUCACCUCCUCAAAAUCAUCACCUCCUCUCCACCUCUCUUUUAGUAAAUACCUCCUGUGAAUUGCACCCCCCCCCCAUCCAUAAAACUACCUCUCCCAAAACACCUCCUGUGAAUGUCUAUUUUGGCACACACCCUCUCUCUCUCUCUCCUCUCUCUCUCUCUCUCUCUCUCUCUCUCUCUCUCUCUCUCUCUCUCUCUCUCCCUCUCUCUCUCCUCUAAACACCUCAUCUGAGUGUCCACAAAAUGAGCCCGUUGUGUAGACCUUUUGGACUGUGGUGGUGUUGGAUCAGCCGAGGACUUCGAGGCAAGAUUUUUCCCCUCGGUUUUUUUCAUUAAUACUUGCGAUCCAUCUUCACCCCUCUAUCUCCCCCUCUCUCUCUCAUUUCUAAUUUUGUUUAAUAUUCUUUUUUUAGUCGGCCACACUGAGCUGAGAGGCUCUGUCCAGAGUCAUAAAAAAGGGGUGUGUCUAGAAUCCCUUUCGAAAACUGUGAUUGGUCUAAUGGCAUUUCUAUCUGGAUUUUUCAGGGAGUACUAGACUUGGUGUCUUGGCUUCAUGACUUCAAGUCAGAGGUGUCAAAAGUAAAAGUAACUGUUAAAAAAGACACACAGUUUCCUUCCAAUACAGGUAACUUAUCAGAGUAACCAGUAGACCUGCAUACCUGUAGACCCGCAUCACGUUUGUGAUGGGUUCUUGUUAGGUUUUUAGCCUAACAACUGUAACAACACAGUCUAUCCAUGUCAUUAGGUUCAAUGGAGUAAACAUUGUAACAGUUAUGUAAUGUCUUGUGCUUGUGUUGUACGCAUACUUACGCCAUGACUUUACUUUUACUUUUAUUUUUGACCACUCUGCUUCAUGUUGCUGGAGUACUUGUGUAUUUGUGAACCUACCCUCAUAAUUUUGUCUCAAAAUUAUGUAGGGUUUUUUUGUCCUUUGUAAUAAAAUGACUAACCUCAUUCGUGCUGGAAUGUAAACCUAGGAAGAUGUGAAUGGAAAUAUUUAGGGAAUUUUAGGAAUGGGUUGAAAUAAAGUCAUACUUGAAAUGUGA